GUUUCCUCAGCCAGAUUAGCCUGUUCUUGUCAGUUACAACAAAAUGGCUGCUGGAGCACCGUUAUCAACAAUUUACUGACCGGGGGCGGGGGAGAGAGAGAAAGUGGCUCAACUUUUCCCACCCCCUCCCUCCUCCUCCUCCUCCUCUCCGCACACCUCCGGCGUUGUUUUGUCUCCGCAGUUGGAUAUUUUCCCCCCUUUCUAUUUGCACUUUAAAUUGAUGAGAGAACCCGAGUUUAAAGCUGCCAAAGAGCCUCAGGAAGAAAUUCAAAGUGAGAGAGAACAAGAAACUAAAGAAGAGGACCGUUUGAUGGAAGAAAAGAAAAAGAAAAAACAAGAAGAGAAGAAGAAGAAGGAAGCUGCUCAGAAAAAGGCUGCUGAACAUAAAACCAAAGUGCCAGAAACUACCAAGACCAGUCAAAGCCAGCCACAGCCUGCCAACUCCUCCAACAGCACUUCCACUACCACUAUCACUAACAGCAGUGGAAGCAAUGGCAAGCGACCUUCUACCAGUUGUCAGCAACAGGCCUUGUCUCGUUACCCACCCCGUGAAGUGCCACCUCGCUUCCGGCAUCAAGAACAGAAGCAGCUAUUGAAGAGGGGGCAGCCACUGCCACCUGGGACUGCCAUCAGCAAUAGUUUAGCACAAGGUACAGGGCAAGUGGCAGCAAACUCUUCACAGCACAGCAUUCAACAGACAUCCAGUGGACCACAGCAACUCCAACAUCUUGGAAAAGGACAGACUGAUCUCAGCCACAGUGGUUUGGGAACUCAUUAUGAAAAUUCCCACUGGGGUCAACCCCCCUUUAGAAGUGAACCAAACAGCAUCUGGGAUAAAGUGAUUAUAGACGGAAGUGACAAAGAGGCUUGGCCUUCCAUUUCUGGAAACGAGACUGAAACUGCCUCAGAAUGCACAGACACUGACUCUGCCUCAAACUGUGGCUCUGAUACUAGUAGCAUGGCUACUGGGAGUGCACCAGGCAACUUCAAUGGACAAAAUAAAAAUUGCAAUAAUGGUGGUAAUGGGGCACUUGUCCAAAGCAGUUCAAACCAGAGUGCCAUUGGAGGUGGAGCAAAUGGUGGAAAUGGAAACUCAUCCAGGGUGUGGGCUGUUGCCUCAGGGUCUGCACCUGGAAUAGUCCACUGCUCUGCUACCAGUGGAAGUGGAAAGAUGGAUAGCAUCGUGAGUGUAAAUCCAAACUGUUGGGGCACUUCUACAUCCACUGCUGGCAUUAACCUGAAUCUUAAUCCCAAUGCCAACCCAGCUGCUUGGCCUGUAGUUGGGCAAGAAAUUCAAGGAACUGUAGGAGGAGGAAAUGCUUCAACUGUUUGUAGUUCCAAUAAUUCCAUUGAUCAGAAUCUUGGUAACCCCAAUAAUGGUCCGACAGGUACAUUAAAUACCUGGGGAAAUUUGCUGCAGCAGGAAAGCACAGAAAUACAAACAUCCACUUCACAGAAUGUGUCUUUCAGCAUACAACCUCAGAACCUUAACACUGAUGGACCAAAUAACACUAACCCCAUAAACUCUUCACCAAACCCUAUCAAUGCAAUGCAAGCAAAUGGACUGCCUAAUGUUUCUGUACCAGGAGGCUGGGCAAUGACUGUAAGCAUGGGUGCAAUAAACCCAUCCCAUCUUCAAAACCUUCCUGGUGCUAGUGGGUCAUCUGCAGUUUCUCAGCUCAAUGGAGGUAAUGGCGAAGGAAUGAGCAAUCCUUCAUGUAACUCUGUGUGGGGAGUGCCACACACUAAUCCUACAGCCACCAAUGGUAACUCUGGAUUUAGUCAGGGGAAUGGAGACACUGUGAAUUCUGCAUUAAGUUUAAGUGCUAAGCAAACAUUAGCAAACAAUUCUAAUAGUGCUGUGGAAAAGGAUGUUGGAAACAAUGCUUGGGACUCUGGUCCCCCUACCAGUCCUGGGGUACUGCCAUGGACGAGGGCUGGUACCAUUGGGGGCUUGCACUCUGGUCCCAGUAACAAUGGAGCUUGGGGUAACGCAUCAUCCAGCAGGAACACCAGUAAUGGUGUAAAUGGAGAAUGGGGAAAACCGUCUAACCAGCAUUCCAGUAAUGAAGCAAAUGGUAAUGGAAAAGGAUCAUGUACAUGGGAGGGCCUUUGUGUUAGUAGCCAAACUCCUGUUUUGCAGCAAAGUAAUGAACAAAUUAACUCUUGGGCAAAACCUUCUGAAUCAGGUACCACUGGUAGUGAGGGGAGUAAUGAAAGUGGUGGUAGCCAUCAUGAAGGAAGCACUGGAAGAAACGGAGGAAGACACAAUGGUAGCCGGCGAAAGACUGAUAAAGGAGUAAUUGAACAACAAGGGCUGGUCCAGAGUGUUGUAUUAAAGUCUGAUCAUGAUCCUAGAGUUUUAUGUAAUACUGGAUGGGGCCAGACACCAGUAAAGCAGAACAUUUCUUGGGAAAUUCAAGAAUCUCCUAGGUCUGAGCGAAAAAGUGACAAUGGAACUGAGGCUUGGGGUUCAGCUGCUGCCCAAUCUUCAAACUCAGGGGGGAGAAGUGAUGGGUCCAGCAUGAGCAGUACUAAUACCUCUACAGUAUCUGGGUGGGGAAAUCACCCACCAACACUCAUGUCCAAUAAUACAGGUUGGGGAGACAAAGUAUCCAAUGGCCAAGGGGGAUGGGGGGAUUCUGCGAAUUCUAAUGCUGCUGCUGCUACAGCCAAAAGUGGCCAUGCCUGGAGUGGGGUUCCUAGUCAGGAGGAGAAGCCACCUACUUGGGUGGACUCUCAGAAGCCUAAGCCUCAGAAUUGGGGUGAAGGACAGAAAACUAAUCAAGGCUGGGCAUCAGGAAGUGGAGUAGUAGGGGGUGGUAGUGGAGGAGGGGAUUGGACUGAUUCUUCUGCCACAGGACCUUUAUCUGAAGGGAAGAAAAAUGGGUCUAGUUGGGAUAAUGAAAAUAACAGAUCUGCACCGAAUUGGAAUGAGACCACCAGAUCACAGACUAGUGGAUGGAGUAAUGGUACUACCAGCAAGCCAAACCCAAGUACAGGCUGGGGAGAGCCUUUAAAGUCAAAUGUACCACAAAACUGGGGAAAUAAACCUCAGGAUAAUAAUGUUAGCACCUGGGGAGGGGCUGCUUCUGUUAAACAGUCUAAUUCGGGUUGGGUUGGUGGACCUUUGUCUGCAAAACAGAAGGACAAUGAACCCACGGGCUGGGAAGAGCCUUCUCCACCAUCUAUUCGCCGCAAAAUAGAGAUAGACGAUGGUACCUCAGCUUGGGGAGACCCAACUAAUUACAAGAAGGCAGUAAACAUGUGGGAUAGAAACAAUCCUGUGAAUCAAAGCAGUAACAAUACCGUGACCGAACAGCAACCACCUCCGCCUCAUCAAUCAUCUGCCACGCAAAACCGCUCUCCACUACUUGCUCCCGGUUGGGGAGAAACGCUCAGUGUUCCUACGAAGACUGAGAACUCUUGGGGCGAGCCACCUUCUCCAUCUACUGCAGUCGAUAAUGGGACUUCAGCAUGGGGCAAACCUCCCAAUGGCAGUUCAGGGUGGGGAGAUAAUACUGUGGAAUCUACGGGGAACUUUGGAAGAGGGAAUGCUCCCGCUGCUGCCCCGGCAAUGUGCAAACCAGCUUCUAAAACUAUGCAAGAAGGUUGGGUCAGCGGUGGAGAUGAAAUUGCCCUCAAUAGUAGCCAUCAUUCUAACUGGGAAGAAGAUGAAGGAGAGAUGGGAAUGUGGAAUAAUGUAGCUUCUCAGGAGAGCAACUCUUCUUGUAAUUCUUCAGGCUGGAACAAUGCUAGCAAGAAAGUGCAUCAGAAGGGUAUAAAAGCAUCCAGUAAGCAAGAAGAGACUUGGCUUAUGAAUCGCCUGAUAAAACAAUUGACUGAUAUGGGUUUUCCUAGAGAACCAGCAGAAGAGGCUCUGAAAUGUAAUAACCUGAACCUUGAUCAGGCUAUGGAUGGAUUUUCCCCUUUUCCAGGUGCUCUGUUGGAAAAGAAAGUGGAGAUGGACAAACGUGGAAUGGGAAUGUCAGAUUACAAUGGAAUCGUUUCUAAACCACUUGGCUGCCGACCACCUUCUAUUUCCAAAGAGUCUUCCGUGGAUCGCCCCACCUUUUUUGACAAGCUCACCCUAUCUUUCUCCAAUCAGGAUGGCGGCCUAGUGGAAGAGUCCCCAACUUCACCAUUUUUGCCUUCACCAAGCCUGAAGCUCGCCCUUUCAAACAGUGCACACCCUAAUCAGGCCCUUGGUGCCAUUGCCUCGGGGCUGGGCAUGCAAAACUUGAAUUCUUCUAGACAGAGUGGCAAUCUAGGUAUGUUUGGCAAUAGCGGAGCAGCACAAGCCAGGACCAUGCAGCAGCAACAGCAGCCGCCAGUGCAACCUCUUAACUCAUCCCAGCCUAGUCUUCGUGCUCAAGUGCCUCAGUUUCUAUCCCCUCAGGUUCAAGCACAGCUCUUGCAAUUUGCAGCAAAAAACAUGGGUCUCAACCCUGCACUAUUAGCCUCGCCAAUUAAUCCUCAACAUAUGACUAUGUUAAACCAACUUUAUCAGCUGCAGCUGGCCUACCAGCGUUUACUCUUCCAGCAGCAGAUGUUACAGGCCCAGCGUAAUGUUUCUGGAACCAUUAGACAACAAGAGCAGCAAGUUGCACGUACAAUCAACAACAUGCAGCAGCAGAUCCAACAACACCAGCGGCAGCUGACCCAGGCCUUGCUUAUGAAACAGCAACCACCACAUCCACCAUUGCACCAAUCUGCAGGCAAAGUAACCAUUGAUAAUCUGAGUCACCAUCCACCUCCCAGCCUUUCAGACCUGCAGACCAAAGAGCAACAAACUUCACCCAAUUCUUUCCCUGCAUAUUCCUUGGCUGGAUUGAUCCCAAAUAUGAAUGUAAGCAACAUGGAACUAAAUGCUGGUAUAUCCAUGAAGGAUCCGGCUCAAGCCCAAUCUCGAUUGAGGCAGUGGACCCACCCCAACUCUAUUGAAAAUUUAAGCAGCAAUUCUUUAUCGUUGGACCAGAACCAGAGCAAGCAUGGUGCUAUCCCUGGAGGUCUCAAUAUUGGUCCAACAAGCAAGCCCUCCCUUGAGGACUCCUACAGUCCAUAUGAUCUGAUAACCAGCAGUGAGUCACCAGCCAGUCCACCGGUACCAGUCAGUGAUAGCUGGACACGUGCCAAAUCCCCUGCCGAUAAGAUCUCAAAUGGCUCCAACAUUAACUGGCCACCAGAAUUUCGGCCUGGGGAGCCAUGGAAAGGACUUCAGAAUAUCGACCCUGAGACUGACCCUAAUGUUACACCUGGAAGUGUCCCAAGUGGACCUUCCAUCAAUACUACUAUCCGGGAUGUGGAUCGCUAUCUGCUCAGGGACAGGAGUGGAGGGUCAUCCCCAACAUCUCAGAACGCCACGCUGCCUUCAUCUAGUGCCUGGUCCUUCAGUGCCUCUGGCUACACUAGCUCUUUCAGCAGCUCUACAUCUGCACCUAAUCCUGCAGCUAAACUGACAGAUAAAUCUACUUGGUCACCUGGACCCAUUGCUCAAUCUCAAGCACCACUAUCGCAUGAAUUGUGGAAAGUGCCGCUAGGAUCCAAAAACACUAGGCCUCCACCAGGCCUGACAAAUACCAAGCCAUCACCAUCAUGGGGUGUCAGUUCACUAGGACUUGUCUCAAGCUGGCCAAGUUCUUAUUCCUCCAGUUCUGCUUGGAGCACUGAUAGCUCUGGGAGGAAUAAUAGCUGGUUGGUUCUGCGAAAUUUAACACCCCAGAUUGAUGGCUCAACUUUGCGGACGUUAUGCAUGCAGCAUGGUCCAUUGAUAACAUUCCAUCUGAACUUGACCCAAGGAAAUGCUGUGGUUCGCUACAGCUCAAAGGAAGAAGCAGCUAAGGCCCAGAAGUCUCUCCACAUGUGCGUUCUGGGAAACACUACUAUCCUCGCUGAAUUUGCCAGUGAUGAGGAAGUUAACCGUUUCUUUGCACAAGGUCAAUCACUCUCUCAGACCUCCAGCUGGCAGUCUAACACCGGAACAAAUCAGAGCCGACUUGGGUCAAGCACCAACACUCACGGAUUGGUUCGCAAUGAUCUAGGUCACUGGAAUACUACAAGCUUGAGUGGGAAAGGAACCAAUGACCUCCUGUGGAGUAGUGUCCCUCAAUACUCCAGCAGUCUAUGGGGUCCUCCUAACAAUGAUGAUACCAGAGUAAUUGGCAGCCCUACACCUAUAAACACCUUACUCCCUGGUGACCUUCUCAGUGGAGAAUCAAUGUAGGGAAAACUGAUCUUGUGAAGCUAACAAUCAGCACUAAACAACCCAAUUCCGGACAUCGUUUUGGCCCUGGAUCCACAACCUCUUUGGUUGGGUGAGGGAGUGUGGGCA